GCCGGGGGGGGUUGACAGCCUUCACACCUGUUGUUCAGGUACCACACUUCAAGCUGACUGCGCCGCAUGUCAAGAGGACUCGUGGCAGGCCUGUCCGACAAUUGUGCCGGCAGUGCGUCAAGCAAAACAUCAUAAUGACCUGAGCAGGAGCUGGAAUAAUUGAUCAGACAUCCGUUUGUCUCCUCACACUCUUCUACACAAUCGGGACAUAUUUUGCCUCAGAAAUUUUGAAAAGCGCUCGAAAGCUCGCCUUAAUCAGCGUGUGUCACGCCAUGUGAUCACCUGCGGUCAUCUCAUGACAAUUGAAGGGCGUACUGCAGUCUUAAACGAACAAUUCGUUGUCUCGUUAGUCAAGAGGGUCCGACUGGAGAGCCAGCAGCUGCCUCGACCUGAAGUGUUCUCUCGCCUGUAUCGUUCACAGAUCACCAGCCUUCAGUAUUUCCUUGGGGAUCCCGUGCAGAUGUUUCUGAUCGCCGAAGAGAUUGCGGCUCGUUCGCGGUUCACCACAAUAUCUGCUGUCUGUACCGGAGACGACAACUCAUUGAGGUCUUGUGGAGCUACUCACCGACAUCAUACAAAAGCAGCUUCGAGUUCUGGCGUAAAGUAUGAUAUUGCCAAGGUGGCGUUGGGCGGCUCAAGAGAUUUCAUCAUCUUCGGUGCAAGCGAGGAGUAUCGAUCAAGACGUCGCUGGAAGUCGACCUCCCGACUGGAUGUUGCGUGCUGCUCCUGUCACUAUGCAAUCCCCUUUGUCGGAGGAAAAGGAUCCACCGAUAGCCAUCACGUGAGAGACUAGCGUCUAUAGGAUAUAUCGAGCUUCUGCUCACCUGCAAUACGACAUAAAAACCACCAAGUCUUGAUACUCUUCUCCUGGAACAUUGCCAUUG